AAAGGUGACGUUGAAGUGUUGCUGACCUCUAGUGGUGACACUGUAAAACGCACACUCACUCCCCAUUACAACAAACAUGGCUUCCUCGUACAGUCAAGAAUGGAGGUCUGUGUGCGACAAAUUUCGAAAUGCUCAAACUCUUUCAGACAUUGAAUCAAGAAAGGAUCCAGAGAACGACCCAUUUCGCUCUAAAUACAAAGCCAGGGACCUGCUAAAGGAAAUACUCGCCGUGUUAAAGAGCUUUGAUACCGGGGAGACCGAGGACGAUGAUAACGAUGCUGCUGAGUGUCAAACAGAGGAGCCCGUUGACGGAGGAAAGGGAGAGGCGUGUGGAAGGCGCUGCCCCGGGGAUUCAAAUGCAGGAAUACGAGCUGCUAAACUCGGGGUGAUCGAAUUCUACCUAGGUGUUAACCAUUUGGAGACUGAAGAAUUAUCGGCUGGCGAAGAACACUUGAUGAAAUGCAUGAAACUGCUAGAGAGGUGCACGAUUACACAGGAGAACGUGUCUUUGUGUAUCCAGGCCAGGAAUCAGCUUGGAAUUCUGUGGGCUAGUAGGGAUGAGACCGAGAAAGCGCAAGGAUUCCUAGAGACAGCUGAAUCGAUAUACAUACGCUACAUGAAAGAGGAUGGCCAGCCGCCCAUGGACUUAACGGAGUUCUUUGUUGGAGAGGAAGAUCAACUGUCUCAACAAGAGAGGACAAAAAGAUUUGAGCUGGCUUACACCCACACGUUGUACUACCUGGCUCAGGUGUACAAAAACCUGGAGCAGUUUGAACGGGCGGGGAAAUACUGCCACAGCACCCUGCAGAGGCAGCUGGAGCUCAACCAGUUUGUGCCCCUGGAGUGGGCCAUCAAUGCAGCCACGCUCUCCCAGUACUACAUCACUAAGACCCGGUACAUGGAGGGGCGGCACUGCCUGGCCGCGGCCAGCGUCAUAGCAGCACUGCCUGGGGAGGUUCCCUCUGAAGCCGCCGCCCAAGAGAGUGAGAUUGAGUGUGAGAAACGUGAGCAACUUCGCCAGAAGAGGGCAGAGAUUGCCCGCUGCUGGAUUAAAUACUGCCUCAAUCUCAUGCAGGAUGCCAAGAAGCUCUUGGAGGACAACAUCGGCGAGCUGGACGUGGACCGGCAGGCGGAGCUGAGGCGCGGGCGGCGGGAGGAGGAGGAGGAGCGGGAGCGCGAGAGGAAGAGCACAGUGCUGUUCAGCUCCAGCGACACCUUCGACUCCAUCUGCGCGCUGGAGGACAAGGUGAGCUGCGUCCUCCCGCUGGACUUUGAGGAGGCGCGCGCCGUCUUCCUGGCGGGCCAGAACCACGUGGGCCAGGCCAAGGAGUACUUCGAGAUGGACGGCCACGUGACGGACCACAUCGAGAUCCUGCAGGACCACAGCGCGCUCUUCAAGGCGCUCGCCUUCUUCGAGGACGACCUGGAGCGCCGCUGCAAGAUGCACAAGCGUCGCGUGGACAUGCUGGAGCCCGUCUGCAAGGACCUCAACGCCCAGUACUACCUGCUGGUGUGCCGCCAGCUGCAGUUCGAGCUGGCCGAGACCUACUACGAGAUGAUGGACCUGAAGCUGGCCGUGGCCGACCGCCAGGACGAGCUGGACGCGCACACGGUCAAGAAGUUCAACGCGCUGUGCUCGGCGUCCAUGGCGUACUACGAGAAGUUCCUGGACACGGCGCGCUCGCCCGACGGCAAGUUCCCCGACAAGCUGGAGGACGAGGUGCUGCGGCCGGCGCUCGUGGCCAAGUUCCGCGUGGCGCGGCUCCAGUCCAAGCUCAUCUCGGCCAGUCCCGCCGUCCAGAUCGAGAACCUGAGCCGCUCGCUGGAGGCCUACCGCUUCGUGGUCCGGUACUGCGAGGAGAACCCCGAGGCCCGUCCCGCCGUGGAGACGGAGCUGGAGCUCAGCGAGGAGAUGGUCAACCUGCUGCCCAUCAAGAUCAACAGGAUCCGCGCCAAAAUGGCCGUCAACUGAAGCUCCGCUAGCUUUAACGGGAUCGACUGAAGCUCAGCUAAUGCUAACAUACAGUAGUACCCCCCACCAUCUCUCGUGACUGGACUUGCUAAAGCUGUUUGUUGUUUAUUUGGUGGGUUUGCACACGGCAAAUCGAUUUAUAUUGCACUGUUGAAAACACUCUUCUUGCGGUUUGUGUGUGUAUGUGUGUGCACUGCGCACCCACACAGUAACCCCAUCCUGACACUAGUGAGUUUGUUGUUGUCACCCUUUGCCUUUUUCCGCUGAUUCCUGGGGGUAUUCCAAGUACGUGGUUUAGUGAUAAACCUGGGUUUAAGUUAACUCAGAGUAAAUGGUUUAGUGAUAAACCUGGGUUUAAGUUAACUCAGAGUAAAUGGUAAACCUUCUACAACAAGAGCCUAUUGGCAUUGUUUUGUUAGGCGAAUAAAGCCAUAUAGCUCUUCUAUUAGGAGGUUUACCACUUAUUCUGAGUUAACUUACCCAGAUUAGUCACUAAACCACAUACUUGGAACACCCCCCAGUAUGGCUUCACUCUCCUAACAAAACAAUGCCAUCUAUAGGGCUCUUGUUGCAGGACGUUUACCACUUACUCUGAGUUAACUUACUCAGGUUAGUCACUAAACCACGUACUUGGAAUACCCCCUUGAUCAGUGUUUAUCUACUCUCCUUUGUAAUUUUAACUUGAGCUGCUCAUCUCACUCAUAAUAAUAAUAAUAAUUAUAACAAUAAUAAUAUCAUAGUUCCCCCCACUCCCCCAACGCCACUGUUAGCUUGGGACCAAUGCCGUAUGAGCUGAUGAUCAUUAUAGAGACUCUGCAUGACCUUUGCAGUCUUCAGCCCCUGUGGAUCUGCUUAUAAACGCAAGGCAUACACAUGCAGAGACUCUUGUAAUAUCUACAAUCUUACAACACUGUUGUUUGUUGGUUGUAAUUAUAAAUUAAUUAAAAAGAAUCCAUUAAACCUUCUGCUCUAAAGUGA